AUGAAACCACCUUCCACGAGUAAGUCACACGCUGAACGGAUGAUGAUGAUGAUGAUGAUGGUGUUAGUGGAUUUGUUCUAACGUAUUCAUUGAAGCCGCUCACAGGGUUGCAGCCACGCGGGGUACAACAAUUGACGCAAACAAGGAGUUGAAGAGGAUUUUCGAGUCGACAGAGUACGAUUUUGUUGCAACAUCGACCCCGUUGUCAAUACAGGAAUGGAAGAGACAGAAACUUAGACGGCCAAAAGUUGGCGGUUCUUUGAGGCCUCUGCUGCUGGCGGAAAGACUGCCGUUGGGCAUCUUGUCCGCAAAUGCAAAGCAUCCCCAUCGGCUAGGUAAAAAAAAUGUGCCCGUGCUGGCUGCCCCUCAGAAACCCACGCAGAUACAGCACCCGGUUGACGCGUUGAAAGCAAAGAAGCAGGGGGCCGACUGUCAUGGAAUUCCACUGGCAAGAAAUGGGUCACCACUGGCUGUUUUAUCAACAAGUGCAAAAGACGCGGAUAGUUUCAAGAAUGCGUUUGCAGCAGAAUCGAAGUCGGCCCAGGCUCACACAGCCUCCGUGACAGGGAAUCAUUCACCCGUCGCGAAAGAUAUUAGGACAUUGCAAGGUAGAUUGGAACUGGUUGCUUUAUCAGACAAUCCAGAAGCACCAACUUUUUCCAAAGAAAACGCUUCUGCCUCUGCUCCUGCUCCUGCUCCUGCUCCUGCCACGCAUUUAAGGUCGAAGCACGCCGAAUCAAUAGACGUACCAAGGGAGACUUUGCCAGUCGCUGACGACACUGGGCUUCCACAAGGUAGACCUCUACUAGGUAAAAACGGGCCCAGUGUUUUGAAAAAAAGACCUGCGAGACAGCUGAAAAAAUCGAUUCAGAAACCUCCUGCAGCUUCAUCACGCAAGGUACGUCUGCCCGUCGAGAAACAAAAGAGAAAUACCACCCCUCUGCAGCACCUUCCUGGCUUUGCGAUUCUUACUGCAGGGCUAAUUCAAGCCGAUGCACCUCCUCGCUUGGAACCAAGCAAGGAGGGGCCUCGCGCAAACAAUUUUGCUCAAAUACAUCAAAAGUGUUCGAUUGACUUUGUGCUCAACGCUAGAGAGGCGUCGCCUCCUUCAAGCUCUGGUCAAAAUGUGGCCAUCGCUUGUAAUGAACCAUUGCGCGAUACAACGUUUGAGACCAGCCAGCAGCUGCAAAAUUGGCUUGGGCCGCUUUCGUGCACGCCAGAUAGCGAUCAGGUAGAUCUUGACACCAAUGACGUUGGCGUGGAGACUAGAGUCAAAGAACCCAAAGUUUCGCCAGAUCUGAGUCCACAUAUGCCUUCCGCAAGAGAGGUGGUGGGCUUUUACAAAGGUUUAAAUAGAGAAACAGACUCGUGUGUGGACUUUGUGCGGGAUAGCUUUGUGGAAAUGCCAAAUGCAUCAGAAGAAGUUGUUCAACUAAAGUCUGGAUAUGCAUUUGCGGUGGAUAGUGUCGACCAGACGCGCCUCGAUACUAUUGCAGACCCAGGUGAAAUGAGUCUUAUCUCAUCGCCGCGAUACUGCAGAGAGUCACUCGGAAAAGCACAGGACCCGCGCUGGCUGGGGCCUUUUAAAGGAAUCGGAGUGUUGGAGAACCACCCAGAGCAGUCACACGUAGAAGCACAUACUUGUGCUGGCAAUGGUUCGAGUCAAGAAGCUGAGGUAAAAUUGAAAGGGAAUCAACUCGAGGAGAGGGAGGAGUUGCAGAAAAUGGCCUCAAACAGGAUGCGCAUUGAAAUGCCAGGCACAAAAGCACAUGACGAUGCCUCCUUCCUAGUUGAAACGCUGCCCCUGGUCUCAACUCAGGCUCGUCGUACGAGACGAGGAAGAGGGAGAAGGAACAGCCAUCGGUCGCCAUUCAAAGAUGAAACACUCUCUACCAAUGAGACAACUUUUCCAGAAACUGGCGGCGCGAAUGACCGUACCAACUCCCUGUCUAGCGUGUCCACUUUAAAAGAGCCUGAAACUACUGACGAUCAUCAUGAUGGCACUUUAUCAUUACAGCAUCUGCAAGCGAGCAAACCAAACGUGGCAACGUGUUUACAACAUCCCCCGUGCAAAGAUUGUCUUGAUUUACUACGCUAUGAUCGUCGCUACGUGCGAGUCAAUGGGCACCUGGCCCUAUUAUUCAAUGGUGUCAAACCUUAA